UCUUCUAAUCCCCACCUUCCUCCUCCUGUGCUUUGGUCUCUUGGCAUCAGACAGGACUGUCUGUUGCAAAUGAGACUUAAGUUGGUUCCUCAUUCUUGAUUUGUGGCCUCUCUAACUCCUUGUUCAAUUCAGUCAUCCAAGUAGCUGUGGACAAAUAACGUUUGACAGUCCAGCCAAAAAACAAAAAACAAAAUACCCCAUACGCCUCCAGUUCUGGCAACCCUAGGAAGAUUCCCAUGCAUAAGCAUUUUUGGCAGUUGCCAUUUUUGAUGUGCCUGGGUAAAAAAGGUACCUAGUUGUGCUAUGAUAGAGUUAACGUCCCUGACCGGAGGUCCUGGCAAAUGAUUUAUGCUAUUCUUGGACUGGAGAAGGAGAAGGCAGGUUAUCCAGGUAGAAGGCAGGUUAUCAAAAACUGCCUGCUAACUGGCCUUUUUCCGUUGCUUCCCAGGCUCUGAGGGGUAAAGUCCUCGCUGCUUGCUGGGGGUUCUCUUGGCAACGCUACCCUUCUGAGGAAAAGAGCCUUUUCCCAGGACUCCUCCCCCUCAAAGUUGUUAAUUCUCCUUGUCUUCUCCCUCCCUCCCUCUGGCUUCCAUCCAUGCUAGUCAAACAGUCCCAGUUCAGAAAGGCUUCCCUGCAGCUUCAUCCCUUCGUUCCUUGGAGAGCAGGCGGGUUCUUCUACGGGACACUCUCUUGCCUCGUCUGAAGGUAUGGAGCUCGACACCUGUGCGGAGGAAGGCCAGGUGCCUGCACAUCUUCCAGAAAUCAGCAGCAGCAUUUCCAGAGCUCAAACUUCGCCAGGGAAGGCGCUGGAGAGGCUCCAGAAGAACCGGAGGAGGAAGAUCAGCCACUCCUGCGUUAGAGGCAAGGGGCAGCUGAAGCUCUCCAUCACCACAGAAGGAAAGGACCUGGAGCUCUAUGUCAUGGAAGCCAAGGGCCUGAUGGGGAAGGAGUACCGGAUUUGCGACUCCUUUGUCAAGGUGUCGCUUGUGCCGGAGACAGAUCGGAAGUGCAGGCAGAGGACCAGGACUGUGCUGGACAGCAAAUGCCCUGUCUUCCAUGAGCAUUUCCUCUUCCCUUUGCCAGAGGAAGAUGAGCGGAAGCGCCUGCUGGUCACUGUGUGGAACCAACCAAGGAACUCCAGGAUUCCUUCUCCCCACAGGCAGAGCGAACUCCUCGGCUGCAUGAGUUUUGGCGUGAAGACCCUGCUGAGCCCAGACAAGGAGAUCUGCGGAUGGUACUACCUAUUGGGGGAAGACCUGGGCAGGACAAAGCACCUGAAGGCAGCUACACGGCGGGUGAAACAGAGCAGAGAGCUGAUGUUGGCCAGGCCAGCUGCGACGGUGGCGUUGCUGGGGAAGCAGCAGCAGGACGAGAACAUGGAGCAGCUCAAGAUUACAAUCCCGCGUGGCAAGAAUGGGUUUGGGUUCACCAUCUGCUGUGACUCGCCUGUCCGUGUGCAGGCAGUGGACUCGGGUAGCCCAGCAGAGAAGGCUGGCUUGCAGCAACUGGACACCAUCCUCCAGCUCAAUGAGCAGCCUGUCGAGCGCUGGAAGUGCGUGGAGCUGGCCCACGAAAUCCGGAACUGCUCCCGCGAGAUCAUCGUGCUGGUCUGGCGCAUAGUCCCUCGGGUCAGACCUGGCCCAGAAGGUGUCAUCCGCCGCUCGUCCUGCAAAUCGACGUACGACUUGCAGUCACCGCCCAACAAGCGAGAGAAGAACAGUGCAUUGCGCUCCCAACACCUCGAUCAUCGCCAGAGCUGCCACAUCGUGUAUGGUGGGAACGAGGGCCUGGCUCUCAACGGCUGGGAGCGCUACACAGAGCUUGGGAAGGUCUCCCAGCAGCACACCAUGCCCUCCCCUUCCCGACCACCCUCAACGAGCGGGGGCGACAAGAACUACAUCAUCCUGGCCCCGCUCAAUCCAGGAGGCCAGGUGCUGAGGCCCGUCUACCCAGAAGGCAAGGCCCCUGGAGGCAAUCCAUGCAGAAGCGGGUCCCAGGGCAAGAAGUCCCGGCUCAUGAAGACGGUGCAGACCAUGAAAAGCCACAGUGGCAGCAGCUCCCAGAACUGCACCCUCAUGAGACCUGGCAUCCCACACUCCAGCUACGGCACCUACGUGACACUGGCCCCCAAAGUGCUGGUCUUUCCCAUCUUUGUGCAGCCUCUGGACCUUUGCAAUCCAGCCCGGACACUGCUGCUGUCAGAAGAGCUUCUCCUUCACGAGACACGGAACAGACCGACCAAGGUGACUCUCUUCAUCUACUCAGACUUGCUGCUCUUCACCAAGGAGGAUGAGCCGGGACGGUGCAAUGUCCUCCGAAACCCCCUCUACCUGAAGGAUGUCAGAGUGCAAGAAGCUUCCUCAGAGGAUCUGAAGUUCUGCAUCCUCUACCUGGCUGAGAAGCUGGAGUGCGUGCUCAGCCUGGAGGCUCACUCCCAGGAGCAGAAGAAGAGAGUCUGUUGGUGCCUGGCCGACAGCAUCUCCAAGCAGCAGCCCACGACCCCCACAGCUCCUCCAGCUGAGAGCAAGAUGCUCGAUCCAGAGGCUGCAGCGCCAGGGGCCUUGCCCUCCACAAGGGAGGACAGAACAAGUCCCACAGCCAACGCCAUGAGGGAGGACUCGGUAGAGGAGACAAUGGCAGUGGCCCAGGACCCCCCAACAACAGGAUCUGGGGAGAAGGGGCCCCCCAGCCCUGGGAAGCACAAGGAGGAGGAGGAGGAAGGGGCCAAAGAGACUCACCUAAGCCCCACAGCCUUCGCCAUCCCCAAGCUGCGGCUGGAGGACACAGCGGCCAUCGCCACAUUUGAUCUUGAUGGCCCAGUGGAUUUUGGGGAGGAGGAUGAGGAUGAGGAGGAGGAAGAGGAGGAAGAGGAUGAAGAGGAUGAAGAAGAUGAAGAGGACGAGGACAGUCACGAGGCCUACCUGAGCAGAGGGGAGGUGAAGCGCUGCAGCAUGUUUGAAGCCUCGGCCAGCGAGCCACCAGCCUGCAGCCUGAGUGCCCAGAACUCACUACGGCGGCGCACCCACAGCGAGGGGAGCCUCCUGCAGGAUCCGCGGGGCGGGCACUGCUUCACCUCUGACACCAGCCUCAACUACGCCGAGGCCCAGGGCCCAGGCACCAGCUGGACACUGCCGUCCCCCCAGACACUCAAGAAGGAGCUGGCCAGGAACGGGGGCUCCAUCCACCAGCUCACCCUGCUCUUCGUCGGGAACCGGAAGCAGCAGCAGCAGCAGCAGCAGCAUGGGCACCUGCUGGACCCCGACUGGGCCCUUGACCGAGGAGUUUCUUCUCGAGGGGCCCGCAAGAAGACAAACAAGAACCUAGCCAAAGACAUGAAGACCCGGCUGGGGAUCUUCCGAAGGCGGAACGAGUCUCCUGGAGGCCCUCCAGCCUGCAAGGCGGACAAAGCCCUCAAGACCCUCAAGCCAACUCCUGAAGAAGCUCUCAAGUGGGGAGAAGCCCUGGAAAAACUGCUUCAGCAUAAAUAUGGUCUGGCCGCCUUCCGUGCCUUCCUGCGCACCGAGUUCAGUGAGGAGAACCUGGAGUUCUGGCAGGCAUGCGAAGACUACAAGAAGAUCAAGUCCCAGUCCAAGAUGGUGUCCAAAGCCAAGAAGAUCUAUGCAGAAUACAUUGCAACCCAGUCCUGCAAAGAAGUCAACCUGGACUCCUACACCCGGGAGCACACCAAGAACAAUAUGCAGAGCAUCUCCCGGGGCAGUUUUGACCUUGCCCAGAGGCGGAUCUACGCCCUGAUGGAGAAGGACCCCUACCCUCGCUUCCUGCGCUCAGAGUUGUAUUUGGACCUCGUCAACCAGAAGAAGCUCAGCCCUCCGCUGUAGAGGUGGCCUGGCCGGCUUCUUAGGGGAGACUUGUUUCUGGGAGGUGUAUGUUUACAUGUGAUCUGCUGCCUUUCUGGUCGGAGGCCUGCCUGGACAAAGAAGCCACCGCUUCCUUCUGGAAGGGCCACUUCCCCCCACCCCUGGGGUCAGACAGCUCUGCCUCCUCAUUCUCUUCCACCCCAGGAGCUUGCUUUGUCUCUCCGGUACGACGACGUCAUGGUGACCAGGAGCUGAAGGCUGGAGGUCCCACCAGACCACUGUGAAGUUCAGAGCUGUCUUCCCUCCCGCUGCUGCGCCCGGGUGCUGUUGCAGAGGGGCUGCUUUCUGAGCCUGGACCCGGAUUUGGCACCCAGAGGGCGUUUGUGGGGUGGCAGACAAAGAUGGCUCCUCCUUCCAAAGAGUUGCUAACAAAGGGACUUGGGCAGCACUUGGGGGAAUUCUUGUCAUUGGCACUUGGGCAUCUCUGCUCUCUCUCGACAAAGAACUCUUUCUUCCUCUUCUUUCUGUCUCAUCCUUCUCCCAAGAAAUGCUCAAUCAGCCCCCCUACUGCUUCCAGUUGCCAUCUGUUCCCCUAUUUAUUGAAAUCAUCUAGCUGGGUGCUCAACAGGUUGUGUGCAUGACCACUGCUCAACUUCCUGUUGAGUUUUUUUGUUUUUUUUUACUUCAAGUGCAAUAUUAUUAUUAAUAUUAUUAUUACUGUUUUUGUUUAUGUGCCUCUUCUUUCGCUCUCCACCAUCUCCCGGAACUUUGCAGUGGAGCGAAUGUGCCUAAGUUCUGAGUGUGUCCAACAUCCCUGACGAUGCUGAUGACUGACGACAUCUGCUGUACCUGCAGGCAGCUGAGAGAUCUGUAAGAACAGGGCUAAGGGCAGACUGUGACCUCUGCGGUCAACACACAGAGAUGAAAGAGUGCUGUGUGAAUGGGAUGAUGACUGCGCUGGUUGGGCCUCCAGAGGGGAGAGUGUGCCUGUAUGUGUGUCUGCGAGGCCCCUGCUUGCUCAUGCUUUGGUCCAGGAAGUCCCGGCUGCCUCCUCUCUGGAGGAAUCUGGUGGGUGGAAGCUUGGGCCAGGGCCUGGUUUACAACUCAAGCCCAUUUCUGCAGGUAGCUGUUAAUGUUGUGCUGUUGUUUUAAAACCCAUCAACUUCUUUUUUUAAUGUCAUGGCUAUUUAGGAUAAAUAAAGAGAGAAUAAAAGUCCUUAGCUUC